CGUGACGGACACGCGAGUUAUUUUCACUCCCUCGAGUGAUUUUCCUCGCGGCCGAUGUUCCGCGAGGAUUUCGCGCGGCAACGCGCUUCACCGCGAUGAACAUCGGCCGCGUGUUCAGUCAACUUGACGCUUUUUUAAUCGCCAAAGCCUAGUCCAUUAUUCCCCGACAUAACCUGUAAAUUUGUUAAGUACAGAAUAUAAGCGCUCUGCGACUGCCGGGAAUGGAAGUGAAUUUGUUUGAAUUCAUUUUCAACGGCGAAUUCUUCGAGCGAUAAUCCAGGCGGAUAAAAUCUUAUCUAGCUUUUCUACUUGCGAUUUUCAUGCAAGCAGCAUUCAUUAAGCUUCUACGUCGCUCCACGUGUACAUCUAAAUAAUACGUGCGGGAUUCCAGUUCUGAUUAAUCAUGGCACAGGACAGCCCGACUCCGAAACCUGCGGACCAAUUCAAACUUGUACCAAAAAUCAUAAAUGGCGGCAUUGCCGGAGUCAUCGGGGUGUCCGUGGUGUUCCCGCUCGAUUUGGUUAAAACGAGACUGCAAAAUCAAAUUAUCGGUCCGCAAGGAGAACGGAUGUAUAAAUCGAUGUUCGACUGCUUUAAAAAGACUUACAGAGCUGAAGGUUAUUUCGGGAUGUACAAGGGAUCCGCCGUCAACAUAUUGUUGAUCACUCCCGAGAAGGCAAUCAAACUUACUGCCAAUGAUACAUUUAGGCAUUAUCUCUCACCUGGGCCUGGACAAAAAUUGCCAUUAGUGCGUGAAAUGCUCGCCGGCGGCUUGGCGGGAGCAUGCCAAAUAAUCGUUACCACUCCGAUGGAGCUGCUCAAAAUACAAAUGCAAGACGCUGGCAGAGUUGCCAUGGCAGCUAAAGAAGCGGGUAAGGCCAUACCGAAGGUGUCCGCUUGGUCGUUAACGCUGGAUCUACUUAAGAAAAGAGGCAUAGUGGGGCUGUAUCAGGGAACCGGUGCGACAGCACUCAGAGACGUUACGUUUUCCGUUAUUUACUUCCCCCUGUUUGCCCAUUUGAAUGAUAUCGGGCCGAAGCGAGAGGAUGGGUCGGCUGUGUUCUGGUGUUCAUUCCUUGCUGGAUGUGCCGCCGGCUCGACGGCUGCGCUCAUGGUGAAUCCAUUCGACGUAAUCAAAACUAGACUGCAAGUUAUCAAAAAAGCACCUGGUGACCUAACGUACAACGGAGUAUUAGACUGCAUAACGAAAACAUUCACGAACGAAGGUCCGACAGCGUUCUUCAAAGGCGGUGCUUGCCGUAUGAUCGUCAUAGCGCCGUUGUUCGGAAUUGCACAAACCGUUUAUUAUCUCGGCGUGGCCGAAUGGCUGCUGGGAGUGAAGAAAUGAAAUCGUCAUAUCGCCGACUCGUGCCGUUCAUACUCUGGGAAAAUAAUGACAAUAAUCAUUGUAGACGUAGUUGUAUUAUAUUUCGGCUUGAGAGCUCCGUCGCCGAGUUGAAAGCGUUGUUUAGACGGAGCCUUGUUCGCUUGUUCUGUACGAAAAAAAAAAAAAAAAAAAAGAAGAAGAAAGAGAAGAAGUAAUAAAGAGAAAGGGAAUUGUCGUAAUUGUCGCGGAUCGCGAAUUUUGUCGGAUUCAUAGUUUAACGAGAUAAAAUCCCUGUAUAUUUCAUGUCCCUUCUUGCGCGGGCGUGAAGUAUAAAGUAAAAUAUAACUUACUGUAAUUGAAGUACCACGAAGUCAAUGUACAUUGUGUUCUUGCGGCGUGUGAAUUGCAACCGCCGCGUCGGUAGAUUUGCUGAGAACUUGAAAGUCGCUAUUUAAUCGGUAUUUAUGUCGUUGCAUUUCUCGAUAUAAUAGUGGCUUCACAUCUCUUCCUCCUAUUCUACAGACUGUGUAUAUUAUGUGCGAGAUCCUGUGUCCAUGAACAAUGUAUCUAUACCGAUAGAGCUAUAUUGGGGUCUUCGUUGUUACACAUCCACCAGACUAGCCAGUCAAUUAUAAAUAUAUGUAUAUUAAAACAGAUUUACAGUGAUAUUUUUUUAAACAGUGUAGAAAGAAAGCAUAUUUUGUUAAUAGAAUAGAACGUUUUGUUAAAGUUGCAACGAAUAACGAACAAGUCAUAAUCGCAUAGUCGUUAAUCGUUCUUUUUAAGUUUUCUCUUGUUACAUAAACACGAGAGUGUAAUCUUUAUGGCCAUAUUACAUAUGUAAUAUUACGGAAAUAUCACGAAGUAUUUCAAGCAAA